UCCGCGUCAACGAUAGCGUACGCACGCGCGCGCACGCGCCAACGCACAAGAACAUACCCCGAUCGGCCUCGGACGCGGACCCGGCGGCCAGUCGUGUGUGAGCCGUCGUCGCGACCGUCGUCCCCGUAACUCGUCCACGUCGUCCACCCGAUCCGUCGUCGUCGUCGUCGUCGUCGUCCACGGCCUAGGUGCACUACGGCGCGAAAUCUUCGGUCUCCCGCGCUCACGUCGUCCGUCGCUUUCUCCCUCCGCCCGUCGCUCAACCGCUGUCUGCCACGUUUCUUGUCCACAUCUUUUCCGUAGUAACCCGUCAACGGUAACGACGAGCCCACCGUAGCGAGGAACAACGCGCGCCCGCCGAGUCGGUUCGCGCCACGCGCGUCGUCACCACCGCCGUCGCCGUCGCCGUCACCGCCACCGACACCGCCACCGCAAGCCGUCGUCGUCCACGCGCGCCUAAACCGAACAAACACACGGUCCGGCGCCGGUUAUGGGUGGUCGGCGCGCCGUCGCCGCCGCUGCAAACCGUCCGCGUCGCCGUCACGUCCACGUCCAUCACCACCGGUCCGUCGCGUGUCCCGCAACUGCGUCGCCGCGGCCGCUGCUACUGUCCGCGCCACGACAGCGGCGCGCCGGUACCGCCGCGCUAAACGCCACAGACAAUCGCCGUUACCGCGACGCAUCACCGACCGGCAACGGUACCGGCAUCGACGUCAGCAGCAACAGGGGCAGUGCCGACGCCACCAGCGAUGACUCGGUGCAACUGGUGGCGGUGCCGCCGCCGUCGGUCCGUCGUCCGACGAUCCGUUCGCGCUGAACAACCGGUUGCCGCCCGCCGUCGUAGCUUCCACGCGUGAUCCCCCCCCCCCUCCGUCGUCGGUUCUCGUCUGCGCGAUGUCGACAUCGAAACUCGUCGCCGUGCUCUUCGCUCUGACCGCCGUGAAAAUAAAAGAAAGCGUUCAAGGUAAAUUUGAAAGGCAGCUUUUGGAUGACCUCCUAAUGGAGUACAAUCCUCUGGAGAGACCAGUAUCCAAUGAAUCUGAUCCACUCGAAGUUACAUUCGGCAUAACGCUACAGCAGAUAAUAGACGUGGAUGAAAAAAAUCAAAUUGUCAUAACAAAUGCUUGGUUGAAUAUGGAAUGGGUGGAUUACAAUAUGAGGUGGAACAUUUCGGAGUACGGAGGUGUCAAGGACCUCAGACUCAAUCCUAAUCGACUGUGGAAACCGGACAUACUUAUGUACAACAGUGCUGACGAGAAAUUCGAUGGUACUUAUCAAACAAAUGUGGUAGUCAGACAUAAUGGUACAUGCCUAUAUAUUCCACCUGGUAUUUUUAAAAGUACGUGUAAAAUUGACAUCACAUGGUUCCCAUUCGAUGACCAAAAUUGCAUUAUGAAAUUUGGUAGUUGGACUUACAACGGUUUUCAGUUGGAUUUAGUGCUCAAAUCGGAUGGUGGAGAUCUAUCAGACUUUACGACGAACGGUGAAUGGUAUUUGCUAGGAAUGCCCGGCAAAAAGAACGUGAUAAUGUACGGCUGUUGUCCCGAACCGUACGUGGACAUCACGUUUACAAUAAAGAUCAGGCGGAGGACGUUAUACUACUUCUUCAACCUGAUCGUGCCGUGCGUGCUGAUCUCGUCUAUGGCGCUCCUGGGCUUCACGCUGCCUCCGGACUGCGGAGAAAAGCUCACACUAGAAAUAACUAUACUACUGUCACUAACAGUGUUUCUGAAUCUGGUUGCCGAGUCAAUGCCAACUACGUCCGAAGCGGUUCCCCUAAUAGGAGUGACCAUCUUGCUAUCACUGACAGUGUUCCUGAAUUUGGUGGCGGAAACGCUUCCACAAGUCUCCGACGCGAUACCCUUGCUAGGUACUUACUUCAAUUGCAUCAUGUUUAUGGUGGCUUCGUCGGUAGUACUCACGUUGGUGGUACUCAACUAUCAUCAUCGAACAGCUGACAUACACACUAUGGGACCCUGGGUUAAGUGCUUUUUCUUGCUGUGGUUACCUUGGAUUUUGUGUAUGCAAAGACCAGGUAAAGACAUAUCAUUCAAAGCCAUCAAAAGUAGGUAUACAGAUCGAAGGGGCAUGGAGUUGCGGGAGAGAUCAUCGAGAAGUUUAUUAGCCAACGUACUUGAUAUUGACGACGAUUUUCGAGCGAGCGUCCUGUCACACCGCGCGGCUUACAACAACGGGGCGGCAGCCAGCACGUCGUCGCCAGCGUCCGAGUCCAAGACCGUGUGCAAUUACUCGGCCAGGGAGUUGCAACUGAUCCUGCAAGAAGUGCGGCACAUCACGGACUACAUGCGAAAGCAGGAAGAGGACCAAGAAGUGAUAAACGACUGGAAGUACGCGGCGAUGGUCGUGGACAGGUUCUGUCUGAUUGUGUUCACGUUUUUCACGCUGGUUGCCACCGUCGCCGUGUUGUACUCGGCGCCGCACAUAAUCGUCGAGUGACCGCCGGAGACGUCAUUGUGUUCACUUCAAUCCUUGGACGACGUCGACGCGACCAUCAUCGUUUUAUUAGAUGUUUAUUUCUGAAAAUAUUUAGUUAUUUUGCAGUAUUUUAAGUAUAAUAAAGGUUUUUCUUUUUUUUGUAAUACUGGGGAAGUAAAAGAAAAUUUCCGAAGAGCUUAAUUGUAAUAAUAAUCACAAAAGAAAAAUAAAUAAAACAAAUAUGUCUAUAAUACACAACGCAUUUACAGGGUGUAAAACAUCACGAGAUAACGUUAUUAAGUUAUUUUAAAUAGUUAAAUUGCAGUGUUUUAAUUUUAAUUAUCUACUGCUAAAA